AUGUUGUCUUCACGGCUGAUGCGGAGCGCGGUACCGCGUGCGACUUCUUCCUUCCGUUCAUCAGCAUUCCGCACACCCAUAGCGUCUCAGUUCCGGAGAGGUUAUGCCGAGAACAUCAAUGAAGGCGACAAGGUCAAGGGCCAGGUCAUCGGCAUUGACCUUGGUACCACAAACUCUGCUGUGGCGGUGAUGGAGGGCAGCUCGCCCAGGAUAAUAGAGAACUCGGAAGGCACACGAACAACACCCUCAGUCGUCGGCUUCACAAAGGAAGGCGAGCGGUUAGUGGGUAUCGCUGCAAAGCGCCAGGCCGUCGUCAACCCCGAGAACACCCUCUUCGCCACCAAGCGUCUCAUCGGACGAAAGUUCAAGGACGCCGAAGUGCAGCGCGACAUCCAGCAAGUGCCUUACAAGAUUGUGCAGCACACCAACGGUGACGCGUGGCUGCAAGCGCAGGGCCAGAACUACUCGCCCUCGCAAAUCGGUGGUUUCGUGCUCGGGAAGAUGAAGGAGACUGCUGAGUCCUUCCUCGGCAAGAAGAUUCAGAACGCUGUCGUGACUGUGCCUGCGUACUUCAACGACUCGCAGAGGCAAGCCACCAAGGAUGCCGGCCAGAUCUCUGGUCUCAACGUGCUGCGUGUGGUCAACGAGCCGACUGCUGCCGCACUUGCGUACGGUCUUGAGAAGGACAACCGCGUGGUUGCGGUCUACGACUUGGGUGGUGGUACCUUCGAUAUCUCCAUCCUCGAGAUCUCCAACGGUGUGUUCGAGGUGAAGUCCACCAACGGUGACACCCACCUUGGUGGUGAGGACUUCGACAUCACGCUUGUGCGCCACCUCGUUGAGCAGUUCAAGAAAGAGCAAGGAAUCGAUCUUUCGAACGACCGCAUGGCUAUUCAGCGUAUCCGUGAGGCAGCUGAGAAGGCGAAGAUUGAGCUUUCGUCCUCGCUCCAGACCGACAUCAACCUGCCUUUCAUCACUGCCGACGCCUCCGGACCCAAGCACAUCAACUCGAAGAUGAGCCGAUCGCAGCUCGAAGGUCUCGUUGACAAGCUCAUUGGUCGUACCACCGACCCUGUCCGCAAGGCGCUGAAAGAUGCGAACCUGCAGGCCAAGGACAUCCAGGACGUCAUCCUCGUCGGUGGCAUGACCCGUAUGCCAAAGGUAGUCGACUCCGUCAAGAGCAUUUUCGGCCGCGAGCCUUCAAAGUCGGUCAACCCUGACGAGGCUGUUGCCAUCGGCGCUGCGAUCCAGGGUGGUGUGCUCUCUGGUGAGGUUACGGAUAUCCUGCUUCUCGACGUCACUCCUCUUUCUCUUGGUAUCGAGACUCUCGGCGGUGUCUUCACCCGUCUGAUCAACCGCAACACCACCAUUCCGACGAAGAAGAGCCAGGUCUUCUCCACUGCCGCCGACUUCCAGUCCGCCGUGGAGAUCAAGGUGUACCAGGGUGAGCGUGAGCUUGUCCGCGACAACAAGAUGCUCGGCAACUUCCAGCUCGUCGGCAUCCCACCAGCGCACCGUGGUGUGCCUCAGAUCGAGGUCACCUUCGACAUUGACGCGGACUCCAUUGUCCACGUCCAUGCCAAGGACAAGUCCACCAACAAGGACCAGUCCAUCACCAUCGCCAGCGGAUCUGGUUUGAGCGACUCCGAGAUCCAGGGCAUGGUUGACGACGCCGAGAAGUACGCCGACGCUGACAAGGAGCGCAAGCUCUCGAUCGAGGCCGCCAACCGCGCCGACAGCGUCGUCAACGACACCGAGAAGGCUCUCAAGGAGUUUGAGGAGAAGCUCGACAAGGCCGAGGCGGAGCAAAUCCGCGAGAAGAUCAACUCGCUCCGGGAAUACAUUGCCAAGAACCAGACCGGCGAGGGCGAUGCGACCGCGGAGGACAUGAAGCAGAAGACCGACGAGCUGCAGACCGCUUCGCUCACGCUCUUCGACAAGAUGCACCGUGCCCGCAGCGAGCAGGGCCAGGAGGGUGGCGAGCAGCAGCAGGGUGAGCAGCAAUCCGGUGGCGACCAGCAGCAGCAGGGUGGUGAGGGCGACAAGAAGCCAUGA